CGAUCCACUUCAAUUAAUAAAAUAGUCUUUGAUGGAUAGUGGCGGUAGCGGUUCCCGAUCAUGUUCCAGUAACCGUAUCGGAGUAGCAAUUGUUGGGGGUUCUUGGAUGUCCCCCCCAAAUGUAAAUCUAAAGGGUGGCCGGGAAGGCUUCCCUCAUGAAAUGCAAUUGGGUGAUCAAGAAAACUACAACGUGGUAAGGAGUCGGGGAGAAUCCAGAAUGAUUUCCGGAGAAGAUGAAAUGUUUUCAAAUUGUGUCAAAGUUAGCCUUAUCAAGGGUCAGUGGAGUGCAGAAGAAGAUAGGGCUUUAGUUAGAUUGGUAAGCGAGUUCGGAGAUAAGUGGAGUGUGAUUGGAGCGAAAAUGAUUGGUCGAGUAGGAAAACAAUGCAGAGAGAGGUGGCAUAAUCAUCUUCGUCCUGAUAUUCAGAAAAACCCAUUGACGGAGGAAGAGGAGAGGCGGCUGGUGGCAUUACAUGAGCUUCUCGGCAACCGAUGGUCGGAGAUCGCAAGGUGUAUUCCAGGCCGGUCGGAGAACUUCAUCAAGAAUCACUGGAACGCCACUAAGAGGCGGCAGUUCACCAAACGAAAACCCAAAGAAGGCGGCUCCCUAAUCAAUAACGGGAAUAAAAAGAGACAUAUGGUUCUAGAGAACUAUAUCAAGCGCAAAUACUUCAGUGGUGCCCUCACCCUUGCCCCGCCCAGUUAUGUCCAACAGAACAGCAUUGACGCUCAUGGUGGUACCAAUCAGCAGUCUUCGUCGACGGCGAUAUUCCCGGCCAGUGGGCAGAACGAACACCGUGAGUGGCCACCGCUCUUGGCGAAUCCUACGACGAGGAAAUGAGCUUUAUGGCUAACCUCUUUGAAGCCUCGCCGUCUUCCGCAUCAACAGCGUCAAAGGUAGUGGUCUACAACAACAAGAGUGGACCCCAAAACAUAAAUAAGCAGGAUGGGUUGGAGGCGGAGGAAAGCUGGAGCAGCUACUUAGCGUCUGACUAUGCUUAAUUUGGGUAAUUAAGUGUCAAUGUUUAAACUAUGCUUAAAAAAUUAACUUAAUUGUGAGUCUUCAGGGAACUAAGUAUAUAUCUAUGCCGGAAAAGAUCUUAUCCGGACUGAAAGCUCUGGCCGACCGGCGUCAGAUGUAUUAUCGGGGACGUUUUGAUGAAAUUUUG